AUGGCGAUAGCGGCCACUAAAGUCUCCUUUGCCCAUCCCCUGUCUCCUUUGCCCAUCCCCUGUCUCCUCUGCCCAUCCCCUGGCCCCUUUGCCCAUCUGCUGUCUCCUUUGCCCACCCGCUGGAACCUUUGCCCAUCCGUUGUCUCCUUUGCCUAUCCGCUGUCUUCUUUGCCCAUUCCCUGUCUCCUCUGCCCAUCCCCUGGCUCCUUUGCCCAUCCGCUGUCUCCUUUUCUCAUCCGCUGUCUCAUUUGCCCAUCCGCUGGAACCUUUGCCCAUCUGUUGUCUCCUUUGCCCAUCCGUUGUCUCCUUUGCCCAUCCCCUGUCUCCUUUGCCCAUCCCCUGUCUCCCUUGCCCAUGCCAUGUAUCCUUUGUCCAUCCCCUGUCUCCCUUGCACAUUCGCUGUCUCCUUUGCCCAUCCCCUGGCUUGAUUCCGCAAUGGAGGGGCAACUUGCUCGCGAUUUAGAAGAAGUGGUGCUUGAGCUCGAGGAGGACAUGGUGCCGCUACCUGAAGGAGAGAUCAACGUCGUACGCGCCGCUACCCCUAUCUCUGAGGCGGUCCAUGAGAGCUCCCACGCUCAAGGGCAAUCGACGAGUGGACUUGGGGUGGUUGAGGGGUCGCUCAAUAGCCCAACUCCCCCGGAAUCUGAGGCGAUUGGGCAAGGGGGAAUGAGAGGGGGGCGUGGCUGCGUUGGGAUUGGAUUGGAGAGCAUUCCAGAGAGUCAGCAUGAGGAUGACAUUCCUCCACCCCCUGGGAUCGUGCCGGGCGCAUGCACGUCGAGGUUCGUCACCCCGAAUGCCAGGGAAGCGGCAACUGUAGUGGAGGACCACCCCUCGACGGGCUCGUCACCCCCUCCUGGUUUAGCAAGUGUCGCCCAGCGUUGCCGAGCUUGCGGGAAGCGUGCAGGGAAUGUAGCCGUGGAGGUGGUGUCUGACGGCAGUCUCGCGAAUGGGGAGGCCAAUGUAGGAGGCGGGAAGGCAGCAGAAGGGGGGGGUGGUGUGAGGGUGGAGAGGGGAGACAUGGAGGAUUUGAGGUGGGAGGAUGUCAGAGAGAUGUGGGGCUAUGAUCCGCACCCGAUUCAUGGUGUUCGUCCAUGCUCGGAGGCGUCGUUCCUCAUCAUCCAGGCUUCGGUGUCAGGCAGGGUUCACACACCCGACGAGGAGGCCGAUGUAGAGCACGUGACAGAGACGGAUGAGGCCCCCACUUCAGACACUCAUGAUACGGUAGCGGGCGACGAGGAUGCAGUUGAACCCGAGUCGCCUCAUCGUCGCUGGGAGGAGAGGGGGACAAAGAAGAGGCGGCGGGAGGAGUUGGAGGGGGUGGAAAACGAUGAUUUGUCCAUGGAUGAUCUCGUCGAGGAGGUGACCGUGGGGCAGCGUUUUAGUGUGCACUUCCACCAUGUCAUGGUGCGCAAUGCGACACUCGCAAGACUGGGUCUCCCCAUGACUGCUGAGGAUGUGGCAGCUGAGCUCGCCCUCGCUGCUGACCAUUGGGCGGGUCUACAUGCCGGUUGUGCUAGGGGGGACGUCCUUCCUCGUUGCGUGAAGGACAACUGGGGCCCUGAGAGUGCUGUGUACGAGCCUGACUCUGAGACCCACAAGGCGGUGAAAGAGUGGCUGGCCACUCACUGUAGCGCAGAACAGAUGCAACCCUAUGUGCUUGGGGCGGGGAGUUGGCUAAACGAAUCAUUCCACUCCCUCAUCUGCAAGUAUGCUCCCAAGCGCGUGAGGCCGGGAAUCGACCAGCAGCACCAGCUCGUGGUCCAAGAGGCGCCACAGGACCGUGCGUGGCCCGCGCCCGUCCUGUGCACGCUGUCGUCUCACGUGUACAUGGACUACGAGAUCAGCACGGAGCAAUCGCCGGAGCAUGAGAAGCAGCGCAAGAAGGGCAAGGUAGGGGGACGGAGGGAGACCAAGGAGCGGAGAAAAGGAGAGGAGUGGGAGGUGAUGCAUCGUUGUAUGGCGUUGAAGCAGGGGCAGGCGGGGAGCCGAUCGGGGAAGGUGUUUCGAGAUGACGCUGUAGGAGCAGGGAAAGGGGGUGAGGGUCUGGAUUUGGGGCCGGAGAAGGGUGAGGGAGGGGAGGGGAGGAAGCAGAGGGGUCUGGUCGGCUGA